AUGGAAGGAACAUUCACUAGUGUUCACUCGAGUCCAAAUGCAGAUAUUCAUGAUGUACCUAUGAAUGUAUUAAUUAGGCCAUUUCCACCAUCUGUUGAUGUUACAAAAGUGAAAAGUCUUAUGGAGACCUUGAGCAAUCCAGAAACUAAGUCACAAGUUCCACCUGUAGAUGUACUAUGGAUAAAAGGUCGAAAUGGAGGCGAUUAUUAUUAUUCAUUUGGUGGGUGUCAUAGAUAUGUAGCUCAUCAAGAAUUAGGAAAACCAACUAUUAAAGCUAAAAUAAUUCAGUCAACUAUAACAGAUUUAAGGAGUUACCUAGGAAAUUCAACUCCUGAUCUAAAGUGAAAGUACAUAAGUGACUGUUAAGUGUUAUUUCAUAUUUUUUUAUAAUUACAUUUUGUUAUAAUUUUGUACAAAGUAGCUAAGUAUAAAAUCAAUUCUAUUAAUAAAAGUGUUUCAAUUCAAAGUGCAAGUUAAGCAUAUCAGCUAUUUUA